AUCGGUUGGAAACGAUGGUGAUGUCUCGCGGAGGACCGGUUUCCACGGUCACAUGCGACUUUCUUUCUCCUUGAACUUGAAAAAUCACCUUUCCAUUUCGUAUUGGCGGCGGGAUGAAAGCGUGCUCGCAUCAUCCUCGGAUGCUGGUCGACGACGUCGACGAGCAGAGGGAGAAAGGACACGUGACGCGUUCACCUGCACCCGCAGGACCGAGCAGAUGAACCGAGCAACGUGCACGAGGACAGUCGCGGCGAAACAAGCGGGUGAGAUAGAGAGAGAGUUCGAAAGUAGGCCCCCGUCGUUCAGUCAGUAGUCAACUGUGUUCGCAGACGAUCGGUUGUCGUAAUGCUUGCGGUUUUCUGCCUGCUGUUGGUCCUCGGCCUAGGUCACUGCCGGGACAAUGAUCUUCCGUCGAAGUUCGAGAUCGAGAGCUCGAUCAACCGUACGAUCGAGGAAGUCGAGCGACAGCUUCGCGUGGACCCCAGCCUGCCCCGUCUGACGAGGCACGAGAUAGUCAGGAUCCUCCAGAACAUCACCGCGCAGGAUUUGAAGUCCUUCAUGGACAAGGAGAAGCUAGAGAAGGCCAGGAAGUUGUACCAGAGGGCACUCAUGGUCGUCCUUCCCUACAACGCCGACGAAUCGCCAGGGAGCUUGAACGAUCUAUACACGAAGCCUCCGAUGACUCAGAUGAUCACCGAUUUCCUAAAAUCAGGGAACGAUAAAGUCGAGGCUAAUAUAAACAACGAUGACGCUUCUAUACCAUCGACCGACGAGAACUUGGUGUCCUACAAGACAACUCCAAGGGAUCCUCACUCCACCACCACGAAGAGCAAGUACAAGAACCACCGGGAGACUUACUCGGAGGUGCGCACGAAGGUGCCUUUAAAGGAGACGCUGAAACUGGACUCUUCGCCAGUCAGGUUCACAUUCAACCUGGAGAACCUCCAGAAGAACGCGCAGACGACCGAGGAAACGACGACGACCAGGCAUCCUGUUUACAAGAAUAACGGGAACGAGAAGUUGGAAUUGGAGAUCGUCUACAGCACCAGCGUUACCGACCAGCCUACCACGAAGGCGGUUUCCAAGGAGAUCGCCAUCGACUUGGAGAAGCACAAGACCAGCCAAAACGUGCUUUCGUCCAAUCAGUGGCGUUACAACGCACCUCCCAGCGUCGCUCUGACACCGACUAUGCCUUCCAAGUUCGACAAGGUGCCGUUUCUACCAACCGUUAACGCGGAACCCGACGAUCGUCUGACCGUGUCCUCGUCUGAGAAGUCAGGGAUGCCAGAUAAAGACUCGAAGAUCGCGGAAGCCUUGAUCAUGAGCACGCAACGACCUGCCUUGUACGUAACGCCCAUGUCGACGGAGACAUCCCCAAAGGUAAAGUACAGUUCAACUUACACGAUAAACUCUGGAGGAUUCCGCGCAGCAACGACCACGACCUCGAUGCCUAUGAGACCAGAGGUCAUGGACCUGUUGGCGUCGAUAGGUCUCAAGCCAGACAACAGCAGCAACGUGGAGGACGUGUACAAGAAGAACAAGGCCAUCCAUGAGAGCAAGUUUCAGAUUCCAGACACGAACAGCGUGCUUCGCGCCACGGUUUCAGGGUUGACCUCUGUCGGAACUGAUUCAGCGUCCAUCACCAAGCAGAACACCUUCGAGAGUCCCGAAUCUGAGAUCAAGAAAGGCGUGGACAACCUCACGCCUGAGGUGCAGCUGUUGUUUCAGAGGUUCGGUCUCCAGACGUCGAAUCUGGAUCGUUCCACGACGACCACGCAGAGAACGACCAUCAACCUGAACUCCUACACGAACUUCAAGCCUCUGCCCACGUCCAGCGUGAAGGACAAGGACAUGAAGGAGUUCUUGGCUAAGUUUGGAUUAGGGAUCAGCGACACCAGGAAGCAGAAGUCGAUGAAUCCGACGACGGAGGCUCCGUCGUUGAUCGAAGCCGUGCCAGGGAACAUGAGAGGCGUUCUGGAGAACAUGGGUCUCAUCUCUACCACUCGUAAAGCAGUGAGGACUACGCCGAAGACUCUCGAAGACAUGGAAUCCACGGAGACGUCCAAGUUCCACGUGUUCAAGCCUCACGAAGUAGACGUGGAUGACAAGGAACAGAGGAGCAAGAUCAACGAGCUCCUAGACACGGUGAGGCAGGUUCAGGAGGGCAAGGCCGACAUUCAGAAGGUCAGGAAGGCCGCCAAGGAGUUGCUGGAGUCGGCAAAAGUCCUGAAGGACGGGCCAGAUCCUCUAAAGCUGGAGGAGAUCCUUAGAACGUACAACGACGACGUCAGGAACGAGAUAAAGAGGCAACAGGAGCCGGAGACGACCACUGAGACGACCAUUGAGACGACCACUGAAACGAUCACGGAGACGACCACUGCCGCUGCCGAAGGGAACACAACGUUGACCUCGAUGGCCGCGACUGAAUCCACAGAAGCGACAGAUUCUGGGAAGGCUGGCUCCGAUCAGUCGAAAUCGGCCUUGACGACGUCUGCUCCUGAAGUUUCCUCGAGUACCUCGAAUUUGGCAGCGUUGGAGGAAUCUUUCGGUGGAACGACCCGCGAACCCGACCCUGAGUUGCCUCCGAGAAGGAAGAGCGGUCUGUACUUCUUGGUGGACUGGAACAGUUUCCUCGAGGUCGGCGAGGAAGACAAGGAGAAGAUCAACUUGAGGUUCCAGCCGAAAGUUGGGGACAGAAGUAGAUUCCUAUCAGUGACCGUACCUUAGAAGUUAAGGAGCUGUAGAGCGAUAGAGUUGUGUUAGGUGUCACAGUAUUCGCGGAGUCUGGGAGCUGGAAAUGGAGGCAACGAUUUCUUACGACAAUAAUGACGACUCGUUGGAAUUAUAAUUAUUUUUAUUUAUAGCCAACCACGAUGCUGUAAUUUAUUUUAAUCGGUCGUCGUAAGAGAUAUUUGAACUCUGCGUUCGAUUAAUGGGAAUCAAGGUAUCGAUGGACUUUGUUUUAAUAUUAUAAUUAGGAGGGGAUUAUUUAAGUGGAAAAAUUGAAAUUUGAGUUAACUCUAACCUUUACCGUCCACUGAAAAGGUUCACCUUUUAUAUUACUAAGGCUUGCGUGACAGGUUGCAGAAGAUAUACACGAUCCAGGUAUGUUUCCUGGACAGCUCGAACGCGUUUAAAAAGCACUUAGGUCGACGAUUCAUCGACGAAACGUCGUCGGAGCUAAUUACUGCGUCGCGUGGUGCCUGCAAUAAUUUAUACUAUACAGUUAUUUAUACUUGUUGUUUGUAAUUGUUUUGUAUAAUAUGUUGAACGAAUAAAACGUUUUCUGUAAAGGAAAC